CAACCAGGGUGUUGAGUAGUGACCACCAUUUUAUAAUGACAACCCUUCCAUGCUUUUUCUACCUUUCAAUUCAAAGUGCUUUCCGACCAAUCAUUCAUCUCCCCCCUCUAAGGACACCCUGCUUUUAUUUAAAUCUCUCAAUGAACUGGCAGCAUCUUUGCUUCACUCUUAAGCUCCUUUUAAAGUGCCCUCCUUUUAAUCUUUUUGCACUUGUUAAUUAACUUUCAAGGCCUUGCUAGCGAUCCAAAAAUGGGAAGAAAGCCUUGUUGUGAUAAGAUUGGUUUGAAGAGAGGUCCAUGGACUAUGGAGGAAGAUCACAAGCUUGUGAAUUUUAUACUCAACAAUGGCAUCCAUUGCUGGAGAAUGGUUCCCAAACUUGCAGGUCUUUUAAGGUGUGGAAAGAGCUGCAGAUUGAGAUGGAUUAAUUAUCUGAGGCCAGACCUCAAGAGAGGUGACUUUACAGAAAUGGAAGAGGAUCAAAUUAUACAACUACAUUCAUGUCUUGGUAACAGGUGGUCUAAGAUUGCUGCACAUUUUCCUGGGAGGACAGACAAUGAAAUCAAGAACCAUUGGAACACAAGAAUCAAGAAGAGGCUAAAGCUUCUUGGCGUGGACCCUCUGACCCACAAGCCAAUCGAGCUGAAGAAACAGACUGAUGAGGACAAAAACAAGACCAACUUAAUCAUACAGCCAGAUAUUUCCAAAGGGUCUGAACAAAAUGUGGAGACUAAAUUAUUAUUGGAUGGUUAUGGCAGCAAAGAAAUGACAAAAACAGAUGAGAAAAGAGAAGAAAACAAGGUGACAUGGGAUGAUACCUCAGAACUUAUGAACAAUUUUGAAAUGCUAUGCUCACAAUUGGACUUGGGAUCAUGGAUAAGCCAUGAAACCAACACUAGUGCUAAUUCUUUCAGCAGUUCCUCUGCUUCUUUGGAUGAAACUAGCCACCUUUCUAUGAGUGAAUCCACUUGCCUUCAGGAAAAUUCCUUGCAACAAUGGGUUGAUAACAUAGAUUCCAAUCUCUCAUGGGAUGGCUUCAAUCCUUUUGACCAAGAUUUUUUCUUCCUGGGAAAUAGGGAAUAAGCAUAACCAGUAACCAUCCCUUAAGAACUUCCCCAACUUUUACAGUCUCUAAAGCAAUUAAAUGUUACAAAAUAUCAAUGUAGAGAAUAGAACACUUUUAUCAUUGCGUUUUAUUGUCUUUGGCUGCUUUUUAAGCUGAAUGUGAUGAUGAUUCCAUAUUGAGUGCAAAUUGUGUUUUUAUAAUAGCCUAUUACUUCAAGAAAUUUCUUGGAUUCAGCUCCUCAA